ACCUCCAUCCGCCGCCCCUUCCGGCUGGCCCCCCUCUCCUCCCACACCUCUCCCUUUCGCCCUACUCCUCACCCUUCUUCUUCCCCCAACUGCACAGGCCUUGGGUCCAGAUAGGCCCCCCCUGCUCCUGCUCCAACAUGUGCCCCAUGUGCCCCAGGCCUGAUGAUUCCCACACUCCGUCAUGGCGGUCUCGCAUCCCUCACAGACAUCCUGGGAAGGUGGUGCCCAGCAUCCUGGUGACAUGGUGAACACAGGGGACACUGGAUGAUGACUGUCAGGCAUACGACCAGGAGGGGCACUCCCACAGGUGUGACAGUUGUCCAUUUGUUGCCUCUCAACUCCAAAUCUACCCUUCAUUACCUGCUCUGCAGUAGUAAGAUAGCUCUGAAGCAGUUCUCACUUGCACUGAGAACAAUAUUGAGCGAUGGCAGUAGAUGGCGCUGGAGGGACGCGGCAGGAGGAAGAAACUCCCCUUCCAGGGGCCCAAGGUGCUUGUUUGCUUCGGCUCCUCUGACUGCACUUGCUACCAGAGAUGCAUGCGUGGGCACAUACUCCGCGCUGCCCCAGGUAUGCAUCCAGAGCACACAAUGCCUGUGGGCUCGCGCCUCCGGCCUAGCCCAGUGCCCACUUCACUGCAGCCCUCCCGUCGUGGACUCCGCAAACCUCAGGCCUCCGUGCCCCGCUGGUGAGCAGACCAUUGACUCCCCUGUGCGCCAGCCUGCCGGCCUCUGCCCACCGGAUCCCGUUGGUCCUCCAGAGACAGGCACACGCGCCCCAGGCCUCAUCACUCUGCCUGCAAGUAGGUUCCUGACUCGGACUCUCCCGAAAUCCUCCCUGCUAGCUUCUGCCACCAGCACCCCAGAGGGACGUUUGACGCUGACCUGGACACCAUCCGCCAGACCUUACACACUUAUCAGCAAGGUGUGAAUCCCAGCUUGCAGGAGAGGCCCCUCUUCCCAUGUGUUCCCUCCCCGGAUAGUCUCCUGCCUUAGAAUUCUCUGUAGAGUUCUCCUAGCGUGUCUCCACUGCUAAGGUAAUG